AUGGUUUUGAGAGUAGAGACUGCGACUCGGUUAGGUGAUAAUAGGGAACUGUUUCGUCUUCUUCGUAUAGCAACUAUAACUCGAGAAUGGGUCAGUGAAAUGAUCUGGGAUAUUAAUGGGAAGAAUAAAGAUAAUGAAACUCUCAGAGAAGAUGGUCUUCAGGCCGAACUCUUCAGAUGUUGUCCAUUGUCUGGUCUGGUUUGGAAGAAAGAACAGAUACUAGAUGGCUGGAGCAAAGCAGUUAUACUUUCAAUUCUCAAGAAAGACUUGGACGCGAUUGUGUUGAAAUAUAGAAAUAUAUUUACUCUAAAAAGGGUGGAACAUUGCUUCAAAUAUCAGCAACGAUUUAGCUUUAUCGAUUUUGCAUCUGUCUUCGAUUCGAUUGAUGAAGCAGCGAUCUGGAAAGUGAUGGAAUUUUACGGUAUCCCAGAGAAAAGAAAAUCAUUCGGACCAUGA